AUGAAGAUUCGAAAACCCGAUGUCUGCUCUCCCACAAUGCCAUUCAUCUCUUCAUCCGAUGCCUGCAUGACCAUUGUCCGCAACCUCAUGUGCCAUCGGAAAGGUGGUGAAUCAGAGGAAUUCUCCAAGCUUGCCAUAGAAAGCCUGAUUCGAAAGCUCAAGGACAGACGUGAAGAACUUGACUCUUUAAUCCUAGCCAUUACAUCAAAUGGUUCAACUCCAACCGGCUGCGUUACUAUUCAGCGGACCUUGGAUGGCAGAAUGCAGGUGCGAAAAAUGGUGCUAUUUUUUUGCAAGUGUAUUUCUGAUGUAAAACUAUUUGCUGUUUCGUCUAUCAUCCGGUAA